GUUUAAGUGUUCUCAGAUAAUAUCGAGGGUGUAAAUUAACGGGAAGGAUUUUGACAUAUUUGUAAAAUUUGCUAUUCUUAAAGAAAGGAAACGCUCUAUUUCACUUGGAAGGACGAUGGAAGACAAGUUGAAAGACAACGAUUAUAAUGAUGAAAGUGAGGAUAAGACUAACGGCAAGCCUGCUGUGGGACAGGGUCGCCUUACUUUCAUGUUAGUGCUUUGUACUGCUACUAUUAGCAUUGGAUCAUCGGGGGAGUUCGGCUACAACCAAGGAGUGAUUACAGCUCCUUCAGUGUUCAUCCAAGAUUUCAUCAAUAAAACCUACUAUGAACGUUCAGGUGGCAGGCAGCUAAGUGAUGACGCCCUCACGUGGCUUUGGGCAACCACGGUGUCGAUCUACUGCAUAGGGGGAGCUCUGGGAGCCCUUUCCGGUGGAUACUGGGCGGACUAUUUUGGCAGAAAUCGAGGGCUGUUAUACAACAAUAUAAUAUCGAUAAUUGGAUCGUUAUUAAUGGGUUGCUGUCAGAUAGCAGGUUCUCCUGAAAUGAUCAUCAUUGGUCGUUUCGUCAUAGGAUUCAGCGUAGGAAUGUCGUUGACCAUUGUCCCCAUGUAUUUAGCCGAGAUAUCCCCGGUUAAUCUGAGAGGUGCCAUUACAACUGUUCACCAGCUACUCAUUACCAUAGGUCUCCUACUUGCUCAGGCUUUGGGCUUCUUUGUAUUCUACAAUGAGUCAACCUGGCCAAUCGUUCUUGGACUAAGCGCAGUAACUGGUCUAGUCGAGUUUAUAGUCCUACCGUUUUGCCCUGAGAGUCCAAGAUGGUUGCUCAUCAAAAAGAAUCAAGAGGAAAAGGCUAUCGCAGCUCUCCGAGUUCUCCGUGGGAUGGAUGAAGUAGAGGACGAGGUCGAAGAAAUGAAGCUAGAACAUCACCACGAGGAGGAGACCGAAAAAGUUGGGGUCCUGGACCUACUGUGUCUUCGAGACAGGGCCUGGUUAAUGCCACUCUUGAUCUGCAUUGUAUUGCAUGGAGGACAACAGCUAUCUGGGAUAAAUGCGAUCAUAUUUUACUCGACGGAACUCUAUAAAUCUGCAGGAAUGACAGAAGACCAAAUAGCCUACGCAACUGUAGGAUUUGGCGCCCUCAACGUCACAAUUACUAUCAUUUCGGUUAGUGCCAUAUGACAUAUAUUAGCGUUAUAUUUUUUUCCAUUAUAUCACGGGCGUUAAUUCACGACAUCAAGCUAUUCAGAUAGGAAGAUGACACAAUAGUU